CAAUCAACAGCAACGAUGCUCCCAUUCUCUUCCACACAAACCAAACCCUCACCUCACACUCCAAAUCUCUACCCUUCUUCCCACUCAAUCUCUUACUCUCUCCCCUCACCUCCUUCCACUCUCAAACUCCCCAAAACCCACACCCACCUCCAUCCCCAUCGCCUCCGAAUCCGAGCCAUCGAUGCAGCUCAGCCCUUCGACUACGAAACCCGGAUCAAAACCAAUUACCACAAAUCCAACGCUCUCAAAAUCGCCAUCCUUGGCUUCGGAAACUUCGGUCAGUUCCUUGCCAAAGCCUUCGUCGGGCAAGGCCACACAGUCCUCGCACAAUCUCGCUCCGACUACACCAAAGCCGCACAAAGCCUUGGGGUUUUGUUCUACACCGACCCGAAUGAUCUUUGCGAGCAACACCCAGAAGUUGUUAUCUUGUGCACUUCGAUUUUGUCCUCUGAAAAGGUAAUCAGAUCGUUCCCAUUCCAGAGGCUUAAAAGAAACACUCUUUUUGUUGAUGUUCUUUCGGUCAAGGAAUUUCCGAGGGAUUUGUUGUUGAAGUACUUGCCUGUUGAAUUUGAUAUUCUGUGCACCCACCCAAUGUUUGGACCAGAGAGUGGGAGGAACUCGUGGGCUAAUCUUCCUUUUGUGUAUGAUAAAGUUCGGAUUGGGAAUAAUGGCUUUAGGCUCAAUAGGUGUGAGAAAUUUCUAGGCAUUUUUGCUAAGGAGGGGUGUAGGAUGGUUGAAAUGUCGUGUGCCGAACAUGAUAGGCAUGCGGCAGGGUCGCAAUUUGUGACACAUACAAUGGGGAGGGUGUUGGAGAGGUUUAAUUUGGAGUCUUCACCAAUUAAUACAAAAGGGUACGAGACAUUGUUGAAUUUGGUGGAGAAUACAUCCGGGGAUAGCUUUGAUUUGUAUUACGGGUUGUUUAUGUAUAACAAGAAUGCAAUGGAGCAGUUGGAGAGAUUGGACAAUGCGUUUGAGGCUCUUAAGCAAGAGUUGUUUGGGAAUUUGCACGAGGUUUGUAGGAAGCAGUUGUUUGGGACCGUAGAAGCAGCAGAAGCUCCAAGAGAAGAGCCUGCCCAGCCGCAGAAAUUGCUUACGGUUGGUACUCAAAACGUGCACGAUGAGACUCCUAAGAAAGGUCACGAAAAUGGAACGGAGCAGCUGCACUAAAGCAAGAGCAACUAUGUAGUGUAAAUGAUCACCCUGAAAGCAGCCCCAGGAAUCAAGUGCCGAUCUGGCUCUAUGAAAGGAGAGUAUUGUUGACGAGGAAGUUGGAGAUAAGGAGAAGGAACUCAUUCAGUUUAAAGUAAGUCCAUGAAUCAGUACUAGUCGUACUUUUUCUUGAAGAAGUGAAAUACCAGCCAUAUUAGCGGCUCGACUAGGAACUCCGCCUGUGCUGGUUGCUCCAAACUUGUUAGUGUAAUUGUCGUUGAUAAGUGCGAUGAUUGAAACAUAUCGGACCCUUGUACAAGGUGGGCAGAGGACAAGAGAAUAGUGAAAGAGUCAAGCAGGUAACCAGAUCCAUUCUUUGCUCAAUCGAAUUAGUAAUCUAUUCAGCGUUGUACCCGAAUUGUUUUGUGAAGGACAUUGUAUCGUGUGUUGUUGGUUGUUAUGGAAGGGUUGGAUUCGUAUGAACUUGUUCUUCGUCUAAUGGUUUUUAUGUUUCCAGUGUUGAAACUCUUCCUCCCUCCCUGAUAAGAAAAAGGGAUUACAUUAUUUGGUUACUGUGGGAAUUUUAUGCAAAGACUAUUUUGGUCGUC